AUGUCUCUGGAACGCACACAGCCCGCCGAAUGGCUCGAGAGCUACGCGACCCGUCGGCAUGACUGGCGGCAAACCACAACAGCCCACCGUGUCGUCUACUACCGGCGCAUUGGCAUUGUCGAAGGCCUGUUCAACACCGACGGCACAGAAUUCGAAGGCAGAGCAGAUCUCACGAUGCACCUGCACGUGGAGAUGAGAACGUCUCUAGAUCCCGAAGCCUUGAGAGCGCGGAUCCUGCUUGCGUGGAGUGUUCUGCGGAAGAAACACGCCCUUCUCUCCGCCAGGGUCGCCAGCGCCGUUGAUGUCCAUGGCGGACAGUCUUCUUUCGCUCCCGGAGAGCGCUUGUAUGUCUUUGAGCCAAGCAGAGAUCCCGGCGAGAUGUUGAGCGAGGCGAAGAAGCACGCCGUGUUUGUGGAAGACCAUUAUCCGCAGGCGGACGCCGACGAGUUCUUCGUCCACACGCUGAACUCGAGUCGAUGCAUAGACGAGGCCCGGGCGCUGAGCAGGCUCUAUGUCAUGCCGGUCAAGAGUGCCGCAGACGGCCUGGAUCAACUUCACUUCAUGUUCAUUGCAGGGCACGAGAUUGUCGACGGCCUGACCUCCAUGCGGUGGAUGGCUUCGUUCGUCGACCUGCUCAACCAAUCCGCAGGGCAACUAUCCUCGGAAGCAGACCUUCUUUGCACCACUGCGCCGGUCGAGAGACUCCCACCCGCGCAAGAAUCCUUAUAUCCUCCAGUGAAGGGCUCUCCAGCAAGACAGAGAUGGUCGUGGCUGCUGACUCGCAUACUCCGCCAUACUCGAAAGCCCCCUCCUGCGUCGUUCCAAAACCCGCUUCGACGAAGGACAGCACUACCCCGAGCCGUUGCCCUCGACCCGAAGUUCGCCAGUGUUCUAGACUAUACGCGAACACCGCCCCUCAACACCUUCCCGCUCAGAGCAGUUCUAGGCCCCGUGUCCACGAGGAGGCUGUCCAGAGUCUGCCGCCAGGCGGGGAUCAGUAUAGGCAGCGGCUGCUUCGCGCUGGUGGCUGUGGUGAUGAUGCUCUUCGAGGAAAGACGCCACCCCCAUGUCCCCACGCACCAGCGCCUCCCCUUCGUAGGCUCCUUUCCUGUGAACCCGAGGCCGUUCCUCGGCGGCAAGCCCACCACGGGGAAGGAGGACAGUCUGAUGCUGGCGUUCAGCGACGGUAUCACGCUGCCCUUCCUGCCCAGCGACCUGGACCUGGAGGGCAGGUUGCGGCUGCUGGGCAAGCAAGCGCACGGCCAACUGCGGCGAUACCAGAAGCGGCCGAGGAGCGUGGCGGAGGAGAUCCACCUCGGUUCCAGGAGCCCCAGCCAGCUGCUGCCCCUGCUGUACCUGUCCACGUUGGAGUACCUCGAGAGGAAGAGCCAGAGCGCCCGAAAACGCGGCUGGAACGUCCAGGGCGCCUACCCGGCCAGCACGGGCUCCGGCCUGGCCACCUGUGGGGUGAGCUCGGUGGGCGCUCGAGGAUCCGUCAUCGCCUCGGGCAAAUAUGACACGAGGGGCGAUCAAUCGGCAUUACCGACACCAGGACCAGGAGGAGCAGGGGCACGAGGAACAUGCGACGUGGUAGCGGACUUCUGCAACCUGCACACCACGGUCCGCGCAAGGGACGGCGAAUUCCUCGUCGGUGUCGCCGGGGAUGGCGACCACUUGAGGUUCGGGGUCAGCUACGACGGUUGUGCCAUUGACCCGGGUCUGGCGAGCGAGUGGAAGCUCGUCAUGGAGCGGAUACUAGAGGGGGACAAGGAGAAGGAUCCUGUGAGAGGGACCACCAAGAUGCCGGCCUUCCCGUCCCACAAGCUGUGA